UCCUCCCGCCGCCGUCGCGAGUUUCUCCCUCAGACCCGUUCGUUCGCUUCGUGCGUUUCUCCCUUCAAGACUUCGCGCCGCUCUCUCGUCCCUACCACUGACGCGGCUCCGGCUCCGGUUCGUUGAUCGAUCUUCGGCAGAGACCCAAGCGUGACCUCAAUCUCCGAUCUUGUGCCGUAACUGAGAAGUCGAACCAAUAGGUUCAGCGCCUAACUGGACAAUGGUUGGUUCGUAUUGAAAAACCGAAUACAUUCCAAUGUGGAAACCGAACCGAUGUGCAACACCACUUUCAUUUCAAUUGCGUUAAAUUGAGGGAGGAAAAGCAGAGAACACAGAGACCAGCCGUAUAUUUACUGUCCGGCCAAAGCAUCUGCAAACACGCUCCGCAGUACUACCGUCUUUCUUGGCCGCCACCAGUUUUGGAGUUUCUGAAUCUAUCGGAGUUUCAGAUUCUUCAUCAUUUCUUGUAGUUUGCCUCUCAGAAAAAUCAUCCCAAACUGUCUUUGGCUACUCUGUCAUCUCCCAUUGCAACUGUGUGUCUUUUUUGUUCAAUUCGGAACUCAAUAUCCCAACUUCAGUAUCUCCCGCUUCUCUGCUCAAUUCGUUGUUAAAUUUCGGGGUCAAUAGACUGCGGGAUAUUGUUGCCGAGUCACUACAUUCCGCCAUACUGUACGUAGAAGUGAGAGUAUUUUAUUUUUCGUUGGCUUAAAUUUUCGAUAUGAUACUAUCCAGUUUCUGGAUGGCUUCACCGAGCCGCCCAAAUUAUGUAUUAGUUUCGGAUAUUAUACGUGCACCCUCUCUAUCUUCGCGAAGAAUUAAAGAUUUGAGCUGGUUUGUUGAUUCAAACAUCAUCCCAUGUCAUAGUUUCCCUUCACUGCUAAAAAUGGCUCAGCAGCAGCCGCAGCGCAAGAAUCAGACCUUACACUGCCGUGCAUCACUUCAUUCUAACGACACUCUUCCCAGAAAAGAUGAAGCUCCUGUACGUGGAGUUUCCGAAAAAAUUAUUGGUGUACUAGGCGGGGGCCAACUGGGUCGUAUGCUAUGUCAAGCUGCCUCUAAAUUGUCUAUCAAAAUUGCAAUUCUCGAUCCUCUUGUAAACUGCCCUGCUAGUUCGUUAGCUUACUAUCACAUGGUUGGUAACUUUGAUGAUAGUACUACUGUUCAAGAAUUUGCUAAGAGAUGUGAAGUAUUAACAGUUGAAAUUGAACACGUUGAUGUUGCCACGCUAGAGAUUCUUGAGCAGCAAGGAAUUGAUUGUCAACCUAGAGCAUCUACCAUCCGUAUAAUUCAGGACAAAUAUCUCCAAAAAGUUCAUUUUUCUCAGCAUGGAAUUCCACUGCCUGAGUUUAUGCAGAUCAAUGAUCUUGAAGGUGCAAAGAAAGCAGGUGACAUAUUUUGUUAUCCUCUCAUGAUUAAGAGCAAAAGGUUAGCUUAUGAUGGACGCGGAAAUGCUGUUGCAAAAAGUGCAGAGGAGCUUUCUUCUGCCAUUUCUGCUCUUGGUGGAUUUGAGCGUGGCUUAUAUGUCGAGAAGUGGGCACCUUUUGUGAAGGAACUGUCUGUUGUUGUUGCAAGAGGUAGAGACAACUCCAUGGCUUGCUAUCCUGUUGUUGAAACUAUUCAUAAGGAAAAUAUAUGUCACAUUGUCAAAGCUCCUGCUAACGUGUCAUGGGAGAUCAAGAAACUUGCAACUGAUGUUGCGUACAAAGCUGUUGGCUCUCUGGAAGGUGCUGGCAUUUUUGCUGUAGAGCUGUUUCUGACAGAAGAUGGUCAGAUUUUACUGAAUGAAGUAGCUCCUAGACCUCAUAAUAGCGGUCAUUACACAAUUGAGUCUUGCAAGACCUCUCAAUUUGAGCAGCAUUUGCGGGCAGUCCUUGGUCUUCCCCUCGGUGAUCCAUCAAUGAUAACUCCAGCUGCGAUUAUGUAUAACAUUCUAGGUGAAGAUGAGGGGGAACCUGGUUUUUAUCUAGCUCAUCAACUGAUGCAAAGGGCAUUGAGUAUAUCUGGAGCUUUUGUUCAUUGGUAUGAUAAACCAGACAUGAGAAGGCAAAGAAAGAUGGGUCACAUCACCAUUGUUGGCCGUUCGAUCAGUGUUGUAGAAAAUUUAUUAUCAUCCGUGCUUGAUGAAGUUUCUGAAAAGCCUGCAGUUGAGCACCGUGUUGGAAUCAUAAUGGGCUCUGAUUCGGAUUUUCCUGUAAUGAGAGAUGCUGCAAAGGUCCUUGACACGUUUGGUGUAUCUUAUGAGAUAAAGAUAGUUUCUGCUCAUCGGACCCCUGAUUGGAUGUUCUCUUACGCGUCAUCUGCCCAGGAGAGAGGGAUCCAGAUUAUCAUUGCUGGUGCUGGGGGUGCAGCCCAUUUACCAGGAAUGGUUGCCUCUCUUACUCCGUUGCCUGUUAUUGGUGUCCCUGUGCGUGCUUCGGCGUUGGAUGGACUUGAUUCUCUUCUAUCAAUUGUGCAGAUGCCGAGGGGGGUUCCGGUUGCUACUGUUGCAAUCAAUAACGCAACCAAUGCUGGCUUGUUGGCAGUAAGGAUGUUGGGAGUGGCAGAUGCAGAUCUAGUCUCAAGGAUGAGCCAGUUUCAAGAAGACACGAAGAAAAAUGUGUUGAGUAAGGCAGAAAAGUUGGAGAAAGAUGGUUGGGAUCUGUAGUGGAUCCUCUAUCCAGAAUCCAUAAUGUCAAAAAGGAGAUUCUUCUAUGUUUUUUACUCUGCCUGUGAAGUUAAUUCGCAAGAUCUGGUCGAAACACAUUCAUUUUCUACAAUGGAAGACCUGGUAAUGGAGUACUAACAAAAAGGAAAAUAAAUCAGGUGCAGGAAUGAUCCACAGCCCCUUUUAUUUAGUUUAGGCGACUGGGUGCUACAGUGGCUAUGUGCUUUCCUAGUUCACAAAUUUUGCAAAUUAUUUAUCCUCUGAAUGAUUAGCAUUCCAGAUUCCGGACUCGGAAGCAUGUUGACUUUUAUUGUACAAGAAAUCAGAAUUGUCACCUCCAAUGAACUCAAAUAAGUCUUCCCAUUUUUUUCUUUUGUGCA